AUGCCUUAUCCGCCCUCCCCACCACACCCUCGCUCUUCUAGCUUCUCUUGUAUGGAAAGCCCAGACUCGAAAGAUCACACUGAUUUGUCUAGUUCAUCGAAGAAAUCGACUGGUAUACUAACAUCUAUCCCACACCCACUAUUCGGCCUUGAACAUCGAGAUACAGGAUCUGUCAAGGAGGCGAUAUCACCUUUUACCAGCUCUCCAGCAUACCCUUACCCGUUCGCUAUCAAAGGGGCAGCUCAAAGUCUAGGGUCAAACCAUGCCUCAAGUCGGGUUUCACCUGAUUCAUCCAACCACACGUCUUUCAAAACUUACGAUGUCCCAUCUGCUCCUGAAGAUAUUUUUUGCUUUGGUCGCCUUCUCGAGGAUCCUGAUCCAUGGAAUGCGAUCGGCAAAAUUCUUGAUCUUCCUCCUCUGGAUUCCAGCGAUGAUACAAUGAAGGCCCUUCCCCUUGGUGGUCGUUUCGCAGGUUUGAAGGCAGACAAUCGACACGGAGUUGGCUGGACUUCGCCUAGUCGAGGUCUAAUCUAUCCCUUCGAUGAUGCUAUAUCCGAAACUUUGAUGGGUGAAGAGGGUGCUUUUGAACCCUUGGACAUAGAUAUGGACAUGGUGGAAGGGCAUGCAAAUCCUGCAAGUCAAUCGAAUGAUGGGCAGCUGUCGAACUCACUGCCUCGCGCGACGUCAUCUCCCUCGACGUCUCAAAUCAUGCUUUCUAUAGCUCUGACAGCUGACGUCCCAACACAACCUUUCCAAAGCGAUACAGACACUCGCUCCAUGCGCAGUGACCUGUUCAUUGACAUCUCGGGCUUUGAUCUCGUUUCAGUUCUGCCUUCCCUUAUGGCUCGGCGUAUUUCACGCGACACCAAGCUGCUCAUUAGUUCCCCUCAUUCCAGUCUGCCUCACGACAUUCCCGCAUCGAAAACGAAUCCAUCAGUGCGCGAUGUAGACGAAAGUGCUUUGGAUGGACCCCGCCUUUUUUGGGAUGAUCCAGAAGAUGAUAGUCAAUGA